UUGACAGAUUUACGCCAAGAAAAAUUGCAUUUUUUUUGUCCCAGCAGCAGCAGAUAAAUCUAGGAAUAAUCUAAUAAAUAACAAAAAUGGCAGUCCGUUUAGGAGGUGUGUUGAAAGAAUUGAGGAUUCAUUUGUGUCAGACAAGCGCACAAUCUGCUGGCGUGAGGGAAUUCAUCCAGAAGAAUUAUGUGAACUUAAAAAAGGAUAACCCUACCUUCCCUAUACUCAUUCGUGAGUGCAGUGGCGUGCAACCACGAGUUUGGGCCCGCUAUGAAAAAGGAGUGGAACGGAGUGCACCUCUCACCAACCUAACAGCUUCUGAUGUAAUGUCCACCAUCAAACAAUUAGCAAAGUGAAAUUCUGAUUAUUUAAAUGGUUAUGUACAUAAUAUAGCAUAUAGAUUAUGUUGAUUUAUUAUUUCAAGUAAAUAUCAGUUGGAUAUUUUAACUUUAA